AUGACAUCCCAGACCGUCUUCCAGCUGCUCUUGGGUUUCCUGCCUCUGAUCCAGAGCCAAGAGGGCUUCCACUCCCUGAGGUAUUUCCUCACUGCUAUGUCCCGGCCGGGCGGAGAGGAACCCCGCUUCAUCUCCGUGGGCUACGUGGACGACACGCAGAUCCUGAGGUUCGACAGCGACACCCCGAACCCAAGGGCAGAGCCGCGAGCGCCGUGGAUGGAGCUUCUGGAGCCGGAGUAUUGGGAUCUGGAGACAAGGAUCACCAAGGUCCAAGCUCGGGAUUACCGACUGUGCCUACGGAACAUAGACAACUACUACAACCAGAGCGAAUCCGGGUCUCACACCUUCCAGGGGCUGUAUGGCUGCGACGUGGGGCCAGACGGGCGUCUUCUCCGCGGGUACCGUCAUCAUGCCUACGACGGCGCGGAUUACAUUGCCCUGAACGAAGACCUACGCUCCUGGACAGCGGUUGACUCAGCUGCUCAGAUCACCCUGCGCAAGUGGGAAAAGGCCGGGGAAGCGGAGCACUACAGGGCCUACCUGGAGGGCAGGUUCCUGGAGUGGCUUCCCAGAUACCUUAAGGACGGAAAGGAGGCACUGCAGCGGACUGAUGCCCCAAAGACACAUGUGACUCACCACCACAUCUCUGACAGUGAGGUCAUACUGAGGUGCUGGGCCCUGGGCUUCUACCCUGCGGAGAUCACCUUGACCUGGCAGCGGGACGGGGAGGACCAGACCCAGGACACAGAAUGUGUGGAGACCAGGCCUGCAGGGGAUGGGACCUUCCAGAAGUGGGCAGCUGUGGUGGUGCCGUUUGGAGAGGAGCAGAGAUACACUUGUAUUGUACACCAUCAGGGCCUGGCAGAGCCUUUAGCCCUGAGAUGUGAACUGCCCACCACCUCCAUCAUGGAAAUUGUUGUUGUCCUGGUUGCCCUUGGAGCUGUGUUGCCUGGAGUUGUGGUCCUUGGAGCUGUGAUCUUGCAAAAGAAGAGAUUAGAAUGCUUUCUUACCACAGGUAGAAAAAGAGAGGGCUACACUCAGACUUCAAGAAGUAAGAGUAAUAGUUCUGAUGUGUUUCUCAUAUUUCCUAAAGGUGAGACCUGGGGGGACCUAAUGUGA